GCCUCGCUCCGGGCCCCGCCCCCUGUCCCGCUCCCUGGUCCCAUUGUCUCCGCAGAUGCCGCCUGCCCCAGCUACGGCGCCGGGGCUGCUCGGUUUCGGGGGUGCACGCUCUUUCUCUUUCCUGCGAGACGUCCCGCGGCCGAGGACGGAACUCCAGAGCUCUGUGCGCUCUUCUUUCCUUCUCAGGACCCACUUUGCCCCGUCCCGGGGAGGAGGGCAGCUAUGUCCGCGCUGCGUCCUCUCCUGCUUUUGCUGCUCCCGUUGUGCCCCGGCCCUGGUCCGGGACCUGGGAGUGAGGCAAAGGUCGUCCGGAGUUGUGCGGAGACUCGGCAGGUGCUGGGAGCCCGGGGAUAUAGCUUAAACCUAAUCCCCCCCUCCCUCAUCUCAGGUGAGCACCUUCAGAUCUGCCCUCAGGAGCACACCUGCUGUUCCAGUGACACGGAGCAGAAGCUCAUCAGGGAUGCUGAGGUCACCUUCCGUGGCCUGGUGGAGGACAGUGGCUCCUUCCUGAUCCACACGCUGGCUGCCCGGCAUAGAAAGUUUAAUGAGUUUUUUCGGGAGAUGCUGUCCAUGUCCCAGCACUCUUUGGCCCAGCUCUUCUCGCAUUCCUAUGGUCGCCUGUAUUCCCAGCACGUCACCGUCUUCAACAGUCUGUUCUCGGGCCUGCGGGACUACUAUGAGAAGUCUGGCGAGGGCUUGGACGACACCCUGGCGGACUUCUGGGCACAGCUCCUGGAGAGAGCCUUCCCCUUGCUGCACCCACAGUACAGCUUCCCUCCCGACUUCCUGCUCUGCCUUACCCGGCUGGCCUCCACCGCCGACGGCCCCCUGCAGCCCUUUGGGGACUCACCCCGCCGCCUCCGCCUGCAGAUAACCCGGGCACUGGUGGCAGCUCGGGCCUUGGUCCAGGGUCUGGAGACUGGGAGAAAUGUGGUCAGUGAAGCCCUUAAGGUGCCGGUGUUGGAAGGCUGCAGACAGGCCCUGAUGCGGCUGAUCGGCUGCCCGCUUUGUCGGGGAGUCCCCUCGCUGAUGCCCUGCCGGGGCUUCUGCCUCAAUGUGGCCCAUGGCUGCCUCAGCAGCAGGGGACUGGAGCCGGAAUGGGGCGGAUAUCUGGAUGGUCUCCUGCUGUUGGCCGAGAAAGUCCAGGGGCCGUUUUCCUUUGAGCUGGCUGCCGAGUCCAUCGGGGUGAAGAUCUCAGAAGGGUUGAUGCACCUGCAGGAAAACAGUGUAAAGGUGUCGGCCAAGGUGUUUCAGGAGUGCGGGACCCCGCAUCCGGUGCAAUCCCGUAACCGUCGAGCUCCAGCUCCCCGGGAAGAGGCAAGCCGGCCCUGGAGGGUGGCCGCCGAGGAAGAGCGGCCCACGACGGCGGCGGGCACCAAUCUGCACCGCCUGGUAGGGGAGCUCCGCGAGAGGCUCGGCCGAGUGCGGGGCUUCUGGGCCGGAUUGCCGGUGACGGUGUGCGGGGACUCCCGCAUGGCCGCAGACCUCUCCCAGGAGGCGGCACCCUGCUGGACCGGCGUUGGGAGAGGCCGGUAUCUGUCGCCUGUGGUCGUGGGCUCUUUGAACGAGCAGCUCCGCAACCCGGAGUUGGAUACCUCGGGACCCGAUGUCCCAACGCGGCGGCGGCGGCUGCAUCUCCGAGCAGCCACGGCUCGGAUGAAGGCGGCUGCGCUGGGUCAGGACCUUGACAUGCACGACACGGACGAGGACGCCAGUGGCUCCGGAGGGGGACAGCAGUACGCGGAUGACUGGAAAGCCGGGUCGGCGCCUGUGGCUCCCCCCGCCAGGCCUCCGAGGCCGCCACGCCCUCCUCGAAGGGAUGGCCUCGGGGUCAAAGGCGGAAGCGGCAGUGCCAGAUACAACCAGGGCAGAAGCAGGAAUCUGGGGUCCUCCGCUGGGCUCCACAGCCCGCUCACCGCCAUUGUCUUCCCCUCAGCCCUGGCCCUGCUUGGACUCCGAUAACCAGGGAGGGGCGCCCUAGCGUCGGGAGGGCCCUUUCCUCUCCGCGUCCUCAGCCGAGCGUGAGGAAGAGGGGAGGGGCCGCAGAGAGGGUAGAAAGGGACUGUGUGGCUGAAUGGCUGGGGCCCCAGAUCCAGGAGUUUCCCAUUGAUGGGGUAGAUGGCUGUUCAUAAUAUUUAUUUUUUCAUUUGGGGGCUGGGGAUAUUUAUUUAGGUUCAGCUCUUUUAAGGCUUGGGGCUCAUCGAUGCAGAAGGCAGGGCGGGGUGUCGGGGAACCAACCGACUGAAGGGACUUGGAAGUGGGGGGGAGGGGUGUUGAAAACGGACAAAUAAACCUAGCUGGGACUGUGAUGUCACGUGCCUGUAAACCCGUUGUUUGGGAGGCUGAGGCAGGAGGAUUGAGAGUUGGGCACUCAGCUCGCACAAAAACGAAGCUAGGAGCUGGCAGUGGACAGAGGAUGGGGUGGGGGAGAUGGGCCUGGGUUGUACUGGCUCUUUAAAAGCAUCUGUUUCUUCAGUGGGGGAGGGGGCUCAUCUUGUGACCUUUGCCACCCCCUCUCACAAGCUUCCAUUUCAUGUGUCAGUGUUCAAGUCAGUGUUUAUUGGUAAAUAAAUCAUAAUUUAUUGGA